AUGCUUUCCGAACUGAUAGAGUCCGCUCUGCGUAUGGCGGGUUGCCUUGUACAUGAAACAAGAACUCCAAAGCCAGUUAACUGGUCAUUGGCAACGUUUUUCUUAAUGUUGUUUCGGUCACAGGUCUUGUGCAAAAUGUGCUGUCGCCUACGCGGAUAUCUCCUUCUUCGUCGUUGUCUUUGGAAUCAAUCUAAACUAACCAGCAUGAAGAAAGUUCGAAUGUCACGAUUUGGAAUCCAAUUGUCACUGUUGAUCACUGUGUUGUUUCCGCGUACUAUCUGCUUUCAAGACCAACAGUUAGACCCCAGAGACCACCCAGACCAAAUGUUUGACGGCAUACGUCAAGCUGCUCAACUUUUGCUUUGGGAUGUGAGGACCGCUGCCUCUCUAGACGAAAAAUGCGCUCUGUUUAAAUCUAACUUUAAUGCACUUGUUGAGGGGUUUAAUCUAAUCUCUGCCCUGGUUCGUCUUGGCCAUUUCUUCCCUGGAUCGGCCGUACGGCACAACGCUUGUUACGGAGUAGCGAACGAGCGUGGCAAGCAUGUCGCUCACUUGGAACGCAAUCUGCAUUUGCCCGCUAAAAUCAAGCAAGGUAAUAGAGAUAACGAAGGUCCUAUACUGGAAGUCUCGGACUCUCAGCCAAAGCGGUUCCACGCCUAUAUCAAUCAUCGUCGCAAAGCUCAACCUGGAAUCCCAGAGCUAAUUGCAGCGGAUGGAAAACGUAUGUUAUCGGACAGGGAAAAAGCGCAAGCCUUGGCAUUAAAAUACCGGGGUGUCUAA